AUGUAUGAUGUUGGCGCGGUGGGUCUCAAUCUUCACCAUUCUUGCAAUUGGGUUCAGAUUGUUUCAUUCGCUCGCUCCUUUGCCCUGAAAGAGCAGUUAUGUGGACGAACAUUGGAAGAAACCGCAUUGAAGGUAUAUAUACGAGAGAUACCUAUAUCGACACUGGUCACCCCAAGAUUUCCUCUGACUGUUGUGCGCUGCUGGACACCAAACUCCCACGAUCAAUUCCGCGGCUCCCUGCAGGCUGACAAGGCAAACGUUCAACUGGCUGCUAAUGCACACGGUCCUGGAAUCAGAAAACUGAUCAUCAGCUUGCUUGACGCUCGAAAGCCCGAAGUUAACCAACUUCGCAAUAGCUCUGAAGGGCAACGAUUGUUGCAAGAGGUCGCCGCGUAUUCUGCCAUCAAGAAGGAAAACGGCAAGUCUGCCGCCUUAUACUCCGAGUUUUCGUUGUUACACACCUACACCUAG